AUUUAUUUCAUAACACAUCCCUAAUUUUAUAUUUUUAAUUUUUUUUUUGAAUUUUAUGUAACUUUACCAAUUAUAUUGAGUUUUAUGUAAUUUCAUUAACUGAGUUGAUAUCACCAAACUUUUAGAGAUUUUGUUAACAGUACAGAUAUCUAAAAGGCUUCAAGGGGACUCCUUGGUGGUUACAUGUACCAAACACCUUUACAAGCUAUAUUGGUAAGAAGAUUUAUGAGUGAUUAAAUUAAGUUGGAGACUAUCAUAUAGGGAUUUUGAAUUCAAAUCAUGGGUUGAGGAGUCUACAAGACUGGAAAAAAUUGUCUUUUUGAUCGUGUAACGUAAGAUCAUACAUAUAAAAAAAAAUUGUUAUUACAGGUCAAGGUCGCACUAAGCAUUAAUGGAGUGAUCAUGAUUUGCCGUGUUUAAUUGUGACAAAAAAGAAUAAUUAGACGUCUUAAUUAAUAAUAAGAAAUCAAAAUUCAAAAGAUUGAUCUUCAGUUUUAAAAAUAAUAUAUGAUAUGAUAGUAGUACUUUUAAGCAGCCAAAAGGCCAAAACAUUACAAUGUUUGAUAGCUUCAAUGUUUAGUUUUGUUUUUAUUUUCGGACGUGUGAAAUUGUGAAAGGAUGAGUUGAGAGAGCUAUGGAGAAAAUCACCUGGAAUAAAAUAAUAGAGCAUGGUAGUGACAAGUGAGGACCCAAGGAAAAAGCUUCAAUUAUUCGGGGCGUGUGGACUCAAACGGCAUAAGAGAGACUGGGGGAGGAGCAGUUGCGUUAAGUGGUGUUUUCAUACGCGUCCUUGUAGACCGCGGCUGAUUGACGGCUCUGAUCUUUCGACGAAGGUGAAGAAACGUUAAACAUGGCAUCCCACAUGGUAUAAAUGGUGCCUCGCCCCUGCGGUUUGCUUUCCUUCUCAAAAACAUUCUCAACUCUCAUUGGGCUCUUUCUCACUUGGUCUCUCUGAUUCCCAAAUCGCUCCUUGUAAAUUCUCUCUUGCCCAGCUGGAGUGAGAAACAAUCCUUGCUGCCUUUCCUUUCAACGAGUUUAGUCUUCUCUCUGUCCCCUGUCUUUCUCUCUUAAUUUUUCUCUACAAAAUCAACAUAUGCUUGCCAUGGAGAAUAUUGAGAAUAUCGGUGAUGAGUACAAAAAUUAUUGGGAAACCAAAUAUUUCCUGGAAAACGAAGAAUAUAGCAGCUGGGCAAUUGAUGAGUUCUCCGGGUACUAUGAUUCGAGUUCUCCUGAUGGGGCAGCCUCGUCUGCAGCCUCUAAGAACAUCGUUUCCGAGAGAAACCGGAGGAAGAAGCUUAACGAACGGCUCUUUGCACUCAGAGCAGUUGUCCCAAAUAUCAGCAAGAUGGACAAGGCUUCCAUAAUCAAGGAUGCCAUCGACUACAUACAGGAAUUGCAUGAGCAGGAGAGUAGAAUCCAGGCUGAGAUACUGGAACUGGAGUCAGGAAAACUGAAGAAAAAUCCGGGGUACGAGUUUGACCAAGAGCUACCGGUGUUGCUGAGAUCCAAGAAGACCAAACUGGAGAACAUUUUUGAUUCCGGGGGAUCAAGAACUUCCCCUAUUGAAGUUCUUGAACUCAAAGUGACGCACAUGGGAGAGAAGACAGUGGUGGUGAGCAUAACAUGUAGCAAACGGACAGACACGAUGGUGAAACUGUGUGAGGUUUUUGAGUCCUUGAAGCUCAAGAUCAUCACAGCGAAUAUCACUGCUGUCUCUGGGAGGCUGUUGAAAACCGUGUUCAUUGAGGCUGAUGAAAAGGAGAAAGAUGAGCUAAAGGCACAGAUUGAAACAGCCAUUGCAGCUCUUAACGAUCCGCAAAGUCCAAUGAGCAUGUAAUGAAGCCACAUCCAAGUCUAAUAUCGUCCUGUCUUCAUUCAUGGAUGGUAUUUCCAUCGCACCGUGGCCUUCGCUACUUUCCCAUCUUCCUUUUCCCGCAUCGGAGUCUUUAGUUUUUGGUUUCCUUGGGAAAUCGCCACGGUUGAAAUGUAAGUCUAGUCCAUGGCCUUGUAAAAUAACUGUCUGUGUUUAAGAAUUCAGCAGAAUAAUAAUAACGUUCGCUUUUGUUAACAAAAAAUAAAAAUAUAAAAAUAGAGGUAUCCGUUCAUGGAGGUGUUUCUUGAAA